AUGGAUCAGAACGGCAACACCUUCUCUGUGAGGCCGCAGCAGCUGACAUUCGUGGAAGUACGGGAGGAGGACUUUAACGCUGCCGAUCUCUCCUCCUUCCUCUCAUCUGUUGACUCACUAACGGCUGAUGGCUCUCUCCUCGAGAUGGUGUGGGAGAUGUUCCUUUCAGAGCAGCCCACAGUCACCACACAGGAGUUUGCAGAGAUCGCCUUUGGAGAGGCUGAGGAUCCGCUAGUGCCGCACUUUGCCGCCCAUCGAAUGCUGACUGCCGACCGCAUCUUCUUCAAGAGAGUCCGCGGCGCCGCCCACUCCUUUGAGCUGCGGCCGCCCGUGCAGGUGGAGCAGCUGAGGAAGCAAGCAGCAGCAGAGGCAGCAGUGCGAGCGGAGCAAGAGGAGCGAGAGCAGAGAGGGCAGAGGGAGCAGGAGGGGGGAGUGAAAUGA